CUUUAUAUAACUCAUGAUUCCCUUCUCUGUCUCUCAAUCUCUCAGUCACCAAAAUCCUGGAACACUAACCCUUUUCAUAUUAUUAUCACAAUGGCUGAUGAUGCUAAAGACAAAGUUGACCGAGACCGAAUUUUCAAGCGCUUCGACGCCAAUGGCGACGGUAGGAUCUCUGCGUCGGAGCUCGGUGAAUCCUUGAAGACGCUUGGCUCCGUUACCCCUGACGAAGUGCAGCGGAUGAUGGCCGAGAUCGACACCGAUGGCGAUGGGUACAUUUCAUACGAAGAGUUCACAGAUUUCGCCUGUGCCAACCGUGGUUUAAUCAGAGAUGUUGCAAAGAUAUUCUAAAGUGUUUGUAUACCGUUUAUUGUUCUUGUUGUUGUUUUCUUUGUUCUGUUUUUUUGUUUUACAUUUUAAAUGUAGCUUGUCGUGAUUGAUUUGAUGUCUGCAUGAAAAAACAAAUCAA